CUGAAAUUUAGACACAAUCUCCUAAACAAACAUAAACUAAACCCAUCAGCUGCUGCGAACUUUCCUUUUUGCACACAACCUACGCAAAGCACCCCACUUUCUCUCCCUACCAUCUCAUCUAUAUCACUCUUCCCCGUAACCCCCCUCCCUCUCUCUCCGCCAAACCCUAGUUUCUUACAUCUCUCUCUCUCGUUAUCUCUCUAUGGCAUCUGGGUCUUCUUCAGGUCGGGUCAACUUGGGAUCCAAAGGGUAUGAUCUUGGCAACGAGGACAUUCUUUCCUCUUACUCAAAUCUUGACACCCUCAAUGACAAUUACUCUGAUCCUGGAAUUAUUUCUGGAAAGGAUUUCCAGAAAAGUAGAAUGGCACAAUCAUCAGCAUUCCCUGCUCCCUCUUAUAAUCCUCCGGAAGAAUACGCUAACCAAGAUUUGGCCACAACUGUUGAAAGGACAAUGAAGAAAUACGCUGACAACCUGAUGCGCUUUCUGGAGGGAAUUAGUUCUAGACUAUCACAGCUCGAAUUAUACUGUUACAAUCUUGAUAAAUCUGUUGGGGAAAUGCGUACAGAGUUAGCUCGUGACAAUGUGGAAGCAGAUUCGAAACUUAAAUAUAUGGAGAAGCAUCUACAAGAGGUCCACAGAUCCGUACAGAUUCUGAGGGACAAACAGGAACUUGCUGAAACUCAGAAAGAACUAGCUAAGAUUCAGCUUGCACAGGAGUCCAAUUCUUCAGUCCAUUCCCAACAGAGUGAAGAGAGAGCUUCGCCCCCUGUUUCUGACCCAAGAAAAAAUGACAGCCUAUCAGAUAUGCAUGGCCAACAACUAGCUCUUGCUCUACCUAAUCAAGUGUCUUCACAACCUUUACUUCCCACUAGACACGUGGAGCAACACCAGCUACCCAUUUCACAGCAGCCAACUAUGGCACCUCAGGGUGUUAUGCUAUCCCAGGGUUAUUAUCUACACCCAAUGCAACUUUCAAAUAUACCAUCUCAGAUGCAACAAACUCAGGGUCAAUAUUUACCAUCUGAUUCCCAGUAUCGGCCUCCACCACAGCCUGCACAACAUCAAGUGAAUCAGACACCGCAAAACCACUCCUUAUCCCAGUAUCAGCAACAGUGGUCCCAACAGCCAUCUCAGCAGGGUCAAUCAGAACAAUCAUCUUUGCAACCCCAUAUCAGGCCCUCGUCGCCUGCUGUUUAUUCUCCUUAUAUGCCUGGCCAACCAGGAAACCCAUCUGCCCCAGAUACCCACCCAAAUAGCAUGCAGAUGAAAGUGUCAUAUACAGGAAUUUCUCAACCCACUUCAAGCCACGCAGAAUCAAUGUCUUAUGGGUAUGUUGGUGUUAGUAGACCAGUUCAGCAGCAGCAGCAGCAGCCUUCCCAUCAGCAUCUGAAGACUACUUUUGGAGCACAGCCGGGAGAUGGAUAUGUCACUUCUGGACCUCACCCAACACUUUCCCCAGGAAAUGCUUAUAUGAUGUAUAAUGUUGAAAGUGGAACCCCGACACAUGUUCCUCAGUCUCACAUCCAGCAAAGUUCUUAUCCACAAAACCAGCAACCCCCCACUGCCACGAAUGUGAUGGUUCGUCCUCCACAGAUCAUGCGAAACCAUCCCUACAAUGAACUGUUUGAGAAAUUAGUUAGCAUGGGUUUCAGAGGAGAUCAAGUCGCAAGCGUGAUCCAGAGGAUGGAGGAAAGUGGCCAACACGUUGAUUUUAAUGCUGUGCUCGACCGGUUGAAUGCACACUCUUCUGCAGGUUCUCAGAGACCAUGGUCUGGCUAAGUAACAAUUUCAGCUUCUAACAUGGCCAACUACAACGACAAUCAUGACGCGUUUUUAGUCUACAUUGUGUUGAAUAAAUCUGAUGUAGUUGGCACGUUUAUGGAUAGAUUGAGGGAUGGAUGCAUGGUAUUAUUUUGCAUUCUCUUUCAGAUCUAUCAAGUCUGUUACUGAUUGUUAUGUUUCAAGAUUUAAUACGUUUACGUUUUAACAA